AUGUCGUUAGAGGAACCUUUGAAACGGAGUCGAGAGAUAGAUACUCAAGUUGCAUCAGCAUCAGUUGCUUCACCACAAUCACAACAACCAGCACGGAAAAGAAGUAAGAAAAUGACGCGAGGCAAUAACGAUAAUACAACCUCAACUAUGACCGCCACACUUGAUAAUCAUAAUGGUGGUAAUGAUAACGACUUUGAGUUUACAGAAAAGAUGUAUUCAGCUUAUGUUAAAUCUGCAUUCACUACCUUGGAAAAAGGCGACUCUAUGCAAAUCGACACACUAACUGACAAGAUCAACGCACCACUAAAUAGCGCCGACGCUAUCUCGAUUCCACAUUUUAGCAUUUUACUAAAGACUUUAGUCAACCAUACAUCAAAACUAGAUGAUCGUGCAUGCAAUAAUUUGAUAUUUGCCAUUCUUCGCUACAAGUGGAUGAAUGUGGUUACAAGUGGGGCUAAUGAAGAUGAGGCCACCACCACAUUUAUAGAUUUAUAUGCCCAUUUCCUUACUGUUUUGGUGAGUACUUUGCCCAAAUUCCUAACCGAAGUUUUAAAUAAACUAGUUUCUGAAUUUGAGUUGUUUGGGCUGGGUGACAGCCGCACCACCAGCAGCAGCAGCAGCAGCAGCAACAACAACAACAACAACAACAAAUCCAACUUCCUAUAUCGUCAUCAUCACAUCUUGGGCAAAAUAUUGAGAUAUAUCCCAACAAGUAUAAAUAUUAUCCCACAAAUUUUACAAGCCAAUUUCCCUCAUCAUAUAUCAUCAUCCAUGGUUGAAGUUGUCAAUUAUGUUGACAAUUUAAUGCAAGUGUUGACCUAUUGUUCAGAUUUGCAGUUUAGUAUAUGGCAGUUGGUUUUGGAAUGUUGCAUAAAGCUAGAUGUUGAAUUGCAGAAUGAGUUGGACGAUUUGGAUGACGAUGAGAUUGAAGAGUUGAUAAACGGGAAGGACAAUGACGCAGAAUUGCUAGAAGUUACCGAAGGCGAAGAAGAUGAGGAGGUGGAAGAAGUGGAGGAGGAAGUGGUGGCUCAUCAAGGAGAGGCAACCGUGUCUGCCACUGCUCGUCCUGUCGAUGAAGAUGCUGAUUCAGACAUCGAUGAAGAAAUGGGAGAAGUGGAAUGGGUUGACUCGGUAAAUUCAACGAGAAGCAUCAAGACUCUAGCUUCGAAAUUGGACAAUAUCAUGCAUUUACUACUCACAAGAACCGAAUCAAGUUUCACUACUGAAGAACUCAACAAUGGCAAUGGAGUAGCACUCUUCAACACUAUAAACUCAUUAUUCAAAAGUCACAUUUUACCCACCCACUUUACAAAACUGAUCCAAUUUAUCCUAUUUCACAUAACUCAGUACCAGCAAGAACUCGCUGACUCGUUUUUGGUUUUACUUAUAGAUGUUGCAUUCAAUCCAAAUGAGAUUGUUGAGAAACGAUUAAAAGCGAUGCAAUAUCUUUCUUCGUACAUUGCUAGAGCCAAAAAUUUAUCUCGCCAUCAGAUUGUGUUUAUUGUGAGUUACCUUAUGGGAUGGUUGAACAAGUACAUUAUCGAAAGAGAACAAGAGACAUUUGACAUUCAACAACAACAACAGCAGCAGCAGCACCAUAACCGCCAAAAACAAGCCGGCGGUAUGGAAAGAUUUAGACUUUUCUACGCGGCUUUCCAAGCAUUACUAUACAUAUUCUGCUUCAGACAUGAACAAUUACGCAAAGACCCAUCAUCCACAUCAACUUCUACCAAUUCAGGUUCGGAAUGGGAGUGUGACAUUGACAAAUUUUUCCAACGUGUAAUCAUUGUUAAGUUUAACCCAUUGAAAUUCUGUGAUGAAACCGUUGUCUACAUCUUUGCCAAACUCGCAACAAAAUUGAAUGUAUGUUAUUGUUAUUCGAUUAUCGAACAUAACAAAAGGGAAAGAAUGUUGCAGACUGCAGCUCCUAAUGCCAAGACUACAAACAACAAGAGCAACAUCGGCGGUGAAGUCUCCGUCAUGCCAGCUUCAGCAACGGGGACUUUCUACCAAAAACAAGAGUUUUUGGAUUUGGAGGCGUACUUUCCAUUUGAUCCAUUGGUUUUACCCAUGUGUAAGAAAUUGAUUGGACAGAAUAACUAUGUCGAAUGGGCAGAGGUUAAUCCGGAUGAAGACGAUGAUGAGGAUAGUGCCUCACCUGGAAGCCACAUGGAUGAGGAUGAGGAUGAGGAUGAGGAUGAUGAUGAGGAUGAUGAUGAUAGUGAUGUCAGUGCUGAUAGUGAGGAAGAUUCAGAUGAUUCAGAUGAUAGUGACGAGGAUAGCGAUGAUGAUUAG